AUAAUUUGACAGAGCAAAACAUGGGCCGACCCAUUUAGAAUGGUGGGACCAGGACCGAACCCUGCAUUGUGCCUUGAGGGUGGGUUUCGACUUUCAAUCAGUUUCCCGUUUGAUUCAUCGAUCUAAAUCAAGGUUGUCUGUUUGUUGUUCGUUGAUUUGCGAUUGAAUUCAGGGUUCGUAAAAUGGCGUCGAGUAUUCUGAAGAACCUCGUAAGAUUUUCAUCAUCGAAGGUUACAACCACUGCCACCAGAAGUUUCAGCCUCGUAACCACUCAAAUCAGCAACCAUACCGCCAAAUGGAUGCAGGAUACCAGCAAGAAAUCUCCAAUGGAGCUGAUCAAUGAAGUGCCACCUAUUAAGGUCGAAGGCAGGAUAGUUGCUUGUGAGGGAGAUACCGAUCCCGCCCUUGGACACCCAAUUGAAUAUAUAUGCCUUGACUUGGCCGAGCCAGCUGUCUGCAAAUAUUGUGGCCUACGUUAUCUUCAAGAUCACCACCAUUAGGAUACGCCAUCUACAAGUCAUCUGGUGUUAUGGAAUUGCUGCUGAACAUCAUUGAUGUGUUUUUGGUUACAAUGUUCUCUGACUAAAUGUACUUGUCAGUUACAAUUACAAUUUGCUAAAUAAGAGUAUGACAAAAUUGUUUGUGUUACCAUCUGAUAAUAUCGAUGGGAUCUUGUAUUGUUGUGUACACAGCCAGUAAUUUGUAUGAAGCUGGAGAUUUAGCUUCAUUGAGCGAUCUUUUUAUACAAGUAUUUCUUAGUUUGCAAGCUCUGAGACCAGAUAAUGUUAUUACUAUUCUUAAAUCAAAAUCAAAGUAAUGAUUGUAA